AUGGCCGCGCCCGCAACCCCACAGCCCCGCCUGCGCCACGGUGCCGCGGUGCUCCUGAUCCUCCGCACGGCUCUCGCCACCGCCCUCGCCUGCCACCACCUCCGUCCCCGCGACGCCACCUUCCCCUGGGACAGCACCCACCUCCUCCAGGCCAUGGCUCCCAGCCCCGCACCGCCCUGCCACCACCUGCACGACCCCUUCCCCUUCCCCGACACCCUCCUCCACACCAACCACCCACAGCAAGCCGCCGCCGCCGCUCACCGCCUCCUCCAGCGCCUCUUCGACACCCUCAGCAGCCCGACCGUCCCCCAACACUGGGACGCCCAGGCACGCCACCGCCUCCUCAACAGCCUCCAGCACCACAGCCGGCAGCUACAGCGAUGCCUGACAGACAGCGGCACGCUCCUCCAAGGCCAAGGGCUCCGCAAGCUGCUGCUCGACAUCGAGAUAUACUUUGGGCGCAUCCAGGACUUCCUCCGCACCCACAACCACAGCCCCUGCGCCUGGGACCACGUCCGCCUCGAAGCUCGCCUCUGCUUCCAACGCCUCCAAAACCUCACCCGCACCCUGCGCGGUUAG